GCGAGGGACCCCUUUAGGCUAACCGAAAUUUCCUAGAAUAGAAUGAAUUGCGAGCGAGCCUACCCCCUAGGCUAGCUGAAAUUCGUUAAAAUUAAACGACUGUGUGAAAAAGAGGUUAUGUUUGACGUUCUUGAAACGUUAACUUAGUUAAAAGUUUCUUUUUAAAUAAUUAAAAAGUAGAAAUUUUGUGAGAACGUUCAGUUUAAUUCCUGAAAAUGGAUCAAAAUAAUUAUAGACAAAUUAUUUUAAAAUUUGGCGACGAAUCGCAAAAUAUUUUCGUUGAAAAUAAUAAAUUAAAUAAAAGUACUUUGGAGGAAUACUUUCCCAAGGGAAGUACUUUAAAGUACAUUUUAAAUGGAGAAUCUUUUCUCCCAAAUGCGGAUGCCAGUUUUAUACAUUUGAAUCCUGCAGCCGAUGAAUACUUGGUGUCACUUCCAAGAGAUUUUCUUGAGGAUUUACAAAAUAACAUUGAUAUUAAAAAAAAAAAUGUGUUUCUUAUAAAACGGAUAAAUGAGUAUUUUAAUGAAGGCUGCACUCAUACAGAUAUAGUAUCACGCAUCAGAAAAAGUUGUAAUAUUCAGUUAUCAUUGCGGACUUUAUCUAGAAUAAUGAGAAAAUAUGCCAUGAAGAGAAAAAAUAUAAAAGAGAGUCCAAUUGAAGAAAUUGCUGUUGCCAUUUUAUUGGAGAUCGAGGACAGUGGUCAUAAUCUUGGAUAUCGCGCUAUGUGGAAAAGAUUACAAGGAUUGUACAAAUUAAAAGUUAAACAAAAGACUGUGAUGAAAUUACUGAGAAUUAUAGACCCCGAAGGCGUCGAAACUCGCUCUAGAUAUAAAUUGAAACGUCGGAUUUAUAAUGUUCCAGGGCCAAAUUUCAUUUGGCAUGCUGACAACCAUGACAAGCUUAAAAGAUUUGGAUUUCCAAUAUAUGGUUGUAUAGACGGAUAUUCGCGGAAAGUUUUAUGGAUAGAAGUAUCGAGAACCAACAACAAUCCAGCCAUAAUUGGUUCUUAUUUUCUGAAAGCGAUAGAAAAAUGUAAAUUUUUACCAACUUUAAUUAGAACUGAUAAAGGAACUGAGGCCAAUUUAAUGGAAGAUUUGCACAUGGCUUUAAGACAUUCGCAUAAUGACGAAUUCAGUGGCACUAAUAGUUUUUUACGGGGGAAAAGUACGAGAAAUCAAAGGAUUGAAUCAUAUUGGAGACAAUUCAGACAGCAUAUGGGCGACUUUUAUAUCAACUUAUUCAAGAAAAUGGAAGAAGAUAAUUUACUAAAUGUAAGUAAUAGGGUACACAUAGAAUGUUUACGAUAUUGCUUCGAAUUGGUAAUUAAAGAGGACAUUAGAGUGACAAUUAAAGAGUGGAAUGAACAUCGGGUAAGAAAACAGAACAAUAGGAACGUAGUCGGUGGAAUUCCGAAUAUGCUUUUCGAAUGCCCUGAAAUGUUUGGUGCUACAGAUUGGAAGAAGGAAGUAGAUCUUAAUCACGUGUCUUUUUUAAAAAAAUAUACUGAAGAGCCAUAUUUGAUAUCUCCAAUCUUCAAAGAAUUUGCAGAUGAUGUGCUACAAAUGUCUCCACAACCAUCAACUGCUGAAGAGGCUUACAACUUAUAUGUAAAACUUAUAAACAUGAUCGAAAAGUUGUAGGCAAAUUAGUGAUUAGUAGAGAAAUUAUUUAUUUACUCAUCAA